AUGGCGAAGCCAAGGGCAACACCAAUCAUCAAGGGCGAAACCAAGCACCAAUGGGGCAUUGCCAAUAAAGGAAAGACAAGUGACCACGCAGGUGCGCAGGCGGCACCAGGCGCGAUAGACGACAGGUUGGGUGAUGAUGGGCGUAGUAGCACAAGUGCUGGAGCAGGGAGGCUGGGUGCAGGUGCAGGGGCAUCGGCCGCUGGUGUGGCUAGCACAGGUGUUGGGGCAUUGUCCACUAUAAUUGGUGUUGGAGUUGACAGGCUGGACUUCGAGCAGCUAUCGGGCGUCAGAGAAUAA